CUCCUCUAGUCAUGUACAUCAAUGAUUAUCGUGAGCGGUACGCAAUCUUCUUGUGUCUUGGAGGUUUCUAUCAAGAUUUACGAGAAGACUUCGAUUCAGUUCACCAAAUAAAUGUUGAAGGAUGGAAGCUGUUUCUUGUGGAAUGUCCCGCUUCUCCUUACUGCUUUCAGAAGCCACCCAGCUAUGCUGUAGUUCCCUACAAUGAUGAUUUCAUGGAGGCUCUUUGGGGACUCCACAUGUUUCGAAAUAGCCAGAGAGUCCGAUCAGCUUUCAGGUUAAGAAGGCAAGCAUUCAGUAUUGAAGAAGAGCUGGAAUUAAGAAAUACUGAAGUUGGUUAUGCUGUGAUAGGUCUUGAUAUUCCCACACUUUUUUUAAGUAAAGCAUUUAUUUUGCCAUUAUGGAGUAAUGAAGUUGGACAUGAAUAUAAAACACCUACACAGUAUUUUGGUGAUUCUAGUUUGCAAGGGAAUGAAUCUGAAAAGAGAAAUGAGAAGGAAGAUUUUGUUGGCAGUAAGGAUGUUUACAAAGAUGGCAAAUUGACUGAAGAAAAAAGGGAGAGAGGGUCUCUAGGUAAACCACCAAUAACUAGUUUGACACUGUUAAGGACUCUCAAGGAACAGUCAGUGCAAGAACAAGACUUUGGAAAUCAGUUAACUUCUAGGAUGACUAAAGAGAGUGAAAAAUUAUUCUCUGCGGUCAUACAAAGGAGCACCACUUCACCUGCAAGAUCAGAUUUGACUUAUUACCUAACGUGCAUCUCAGCUUCUUGUGUGGCAGCUGACCCACUGCUUCAAAUUAACAAGCUUCCUAAAAUUCACCGUUCAACUGCAUCCUUGGUCUUGGAGGAGUUUCCUGUUCUUUAUGAUAUUACAGUAGAGCUCACUGUCAAGGACUAUUUUGAUAAUCCAUUUGUACUGAACGUGUGUAGACCACAUUCUAGUUACCUAUAUCUUAAAGUACUAUACAUUGUAACUUAAAACACACUUAUUGGAUGAGUUUUGUAUAUUUUACAUAGUAUGUAUUUUGUAAAUACAGUGGGCCCCCUGUAUUCGCGUUCUCCAAAUUCACGGACACACAGAUUCGUGGAUUUCUCCUUGGACCUUAUCUACCCAUUAUUUGCGGGGGAUUCGCCUGUUCGCGGGUUUUUUCCGACUAUAAAUAAUCACAAAUUAGUCUAUUUUGGUGUUAUUUUCAUGACUAAAUACAUUUUUAUGAUACAAAAAUAAUUUUCUAAUUUUAAAAUGUUAAUAUUGAUCAAUACUGUAUUAGUAAGUCUAAUAAGA